AUGCGCGAGGUGAAUGAGCAGGACGUGCCUGCGUGGUUGCGCGAGUCUGGGAUCCUUGGGGACCAGCUUGCGGGCGAGGCGCGUGAGUAUGCGACGCAGUGUGCGGCGCGCCGACUUGUACGCGCGUACAUUGCGCCGCUUGCGCACAUCGCCGAUGCCAAGGCGCUCAAAGCGCACUUGAGCCCAGCAAACACGUUCUCGUACCUCGAUGUGGUACAUAUCCUGUGCACUGCGCUUGUAGCGGCACCGCGCGCACUUGAUACCCUGCCGGCGCCUGUGCCGCACGGGCGUGCGGGCGUUUGCUACACCACCCUGGACCUGUACUUGAUCCCCCGCGUGAUCGCCGCACUUGCCGUGCUGCAGGCGCACGUCAGCACAGCCAACUCGCUUGUGCCGGAUGCACAGCGCUAUUCCGAGUCGCUCACCCACACUGCUGCCGACGCAGUCGGCGCGACAAUGCAAUUGCUCGGCACCGCACUGCACCUUUUGCUCGAGUCGCCGCACCAAUCGCGCCACGCGAGGUUUUUGCUCUACGAUGCACUGCGCUCCGCGUCGCGGGUGCUCGCAGGCGCGCAUGCCCUGCCGCUGUCGUCAAUAGCCGUUCCCCACGAGCUCCUUGAGCCAGAGCACGGCGCUUUGGUGCUGUGCGGCACAGCAGGGACGCCCGAAGCGUACGCUGUGGGCGCGUCGAAUGCGCCGUGCGUGCAUGCAUCUACGUAUGUAUGGUCGGAGCACGACACAGCUACACUGCGCAUUUCAUGGAGCCCGAUCGUGCGUGCAGCGGCGCAGUGCAUGCUUUUUCUCCACGUCCGUGUCGCUGCGGAGCUUGCGGUUGUCUUUCCGUCUGCACUCCAGGACCUUGUCGAGCUUGGCGCGCGAGUUUUGAUCGCACACUGGGAGCGUGGCCUGAUGCCGGGCGUCGCUGUGUUUAGCAUGUCACACGUCGCGACGCCGUACCUCGCACUGCUGCGCUACGAUGCGUGCGUCGCCGCACUGCCUAUUCUGCAAUCUGUCGCAUUCUUUCAUAUUCUGCGCCUUUGCAUCACUAGCUUUGCUCUCCUUUUCCACCCCGUCGACGAUGCGUUCUUGGAUGCGGAGCUCGGCGCGGGUCCGUAUGCAGCGGCAUAUACGCUGGCAUGCGAGCGCCUCGGCGAUACCUUGCGCCUGCUCUGCUUGCAUGGCACCGAGGAUAUGUAUGCGGAGAUGACGAGCAUUGUCGCUGAUGUGGGCAUGCUGCGCCCGUGCCUCAUUGCAAAUGUGCUGCGCGAAGACAGGGAUGUAGCGCGGCUGGGGCACAUAUUCCAGCGCUGCUGUCUUGCCCUGCUCUGCCUUGUCCUUUGCACGGGCGAUGGGCUGCGCGAAGAAGAGGCUGUGCGGCUCGCUGCAUUCCACGCGCCAUGGGCCUCCGCUGAAGACUGCGGUGCACUGCAGCAUGCACUGAACGGAAAAGGUCGUGCGCCGAAACGGCGGCGGAUUGAGGCGCCGCUCGAACAGGACGCCGUGCAGCACCACACCACGAUCCACUCGCCGCAGCGCGAUGACGCACUUGUACACGCGCUCGAAGCGUGCAUAAGCGAUCCACCCAGCCCUGCCGCAAGCCAAAUCCUGGCGCGCAUCGCGGUGCUCACCGACGAAGCGGCCCACGCGUCGGCCCACGCGUAUGCCCACGGCGAUAUACCCCUUUUCCUUUCUAUUCUCGCCCCCUGGAUUGUGCACAAAACACGCGCGGUGCGUCUUGCUGCCGGGCGCGCGCUGCACAUGCUGCUUUCUCGCUACGCCGCGCUCCCGCGCACGAUGCGCACGCUUGACUGGGCCGCGCAGCUGCACGCCAUUGUGGCUGUAGCUACACCGAGCGCACACAGUGACGUGCGUAUCCAAGAGACGUGCAUUCUUACCGUGGCGCGCCUCGGCCGCGUCCAGUGCGAUGAGGCGUUUGCGCCUGUGGCCGCUGCCCUCGUUCAUGCACUGUACCUCGCCCACAUCUACCUGCGCUCGCUCGCGUACACCGAGACGAUCCAGCUUGCGGCGCGGCGGCGAUGCACCACCUUUCAGCUUCUAAAUCAGCACCUCGGCCCCGUCAGCCGCAUUGCCGUGGACGCAAUGCACGCUGCGCCGCACGGAAUCGCCGAAGUAGCGCGCCUGCUCAACAUGAGCCAGCAGACAUUCCUGCAAACCACACUGAAGCACACACUUCCGCACCUUGUCCAGCGCAUCGUCGCGGGCCAAGAAGCGAUGCAGCCGCUGCGUGCGAUUGCAAACGCCGUCGGCCAAUCGAUCCCUGCCCUCUGCCUGAACCAAACCUCGGACAUUUUCAAGCACUUUUUCAUGCAGCCCGAGGCGGUGCGCGACGCAGCGCUGGAGACGCUGCUCAGCCUGCUUGGCUCGCGCAGCGUCACGAUCGCAAACUUGCUGCGGAGCCGCCUGCACGAGGUGCUUGGGUACCUUGUUGCACGACUCGGCGACGCAGCGUGCAAAGCGCAGGCACGCGCGGGUCUUGAGUACGCGCGCAGCGUCGUCACCGCGCCGCCCAGUCGCUGGAAAGACGCAGACCUCGCCGAGUUUCUGCGCGAUGAAGUGCUUGCGAUCCUCACGUGGAUCAACGAGGAGCUUGGUUCGGUGCACGGCAAGAUUUCCAUGGCGCAGCGCGUCGUGACUGCGCGCAGUGUUGGCGAGCUGGUAAAGCUGAUUGGUGCUGUUGCCGCGCGUGUCGCACCGCAGGUCAUGGCGUGCCUGCACAGCACGCUGACCGAGCCGGAGCUUGCGCUGCCGACGCUCGAGAGCUGGCUGGAUUUCUUCGAGGCACUGCGCUACCAAGACGUGGGGCCGUUUGUUGGCCAGACCGCCGCUGCUUUCCUCGCCAUCUGGCCGCGCCUCGCGGCAGACGAAAAAGAAAAGGCACAAGCGAUUUUGCGCUACACGAUUGUGGACAAUGGCGAAGCGCUGCACGCUUUUAUCGACGACGUGCCCAGCCUCGACGCCAUCGAGCACGACAUUCCCGAUAUUGCGCGCCAUUUGCGCUCCGCACGCCGCGUAUGGGUAGACGACGAUCAUUUGCGCCACAUUUUGGAACGCGUCGCGCACGACAACGCCGCGGUGUGCGUGCAGAGCUUGCGCGAGCUCUCCGUCUUUUUGCGCGAGCGCCGCGCGUGCAUCGAGACGUGGACCUCGGGCAACGUGUUUCAUCCCCUGAUUGGGCAAUGCGUGCAUGUAUUGCUUGCCGUAGCAGGCCGUACCGAGUCGCCCGCGCCGGACGUGCAAGCGCUGUGCCUCGAGUGUCUCGGCAUUCUUGGCGCCGUCGACCCCGACCGCUUUGAGCUGUCGACCGACGAGCCCUUUUUUGUGCUCCUCAGCAACUUUGAGGACGCGCACGAAACGGUGAGUUUUGCGACGCGCUUGCUCGUGGAUCUCGUUGUGCCGGCGUUCCGUGCGACGAGCGAUACAAAGCACCAAGCCGCGCUUGCGUACACAAUCCAAGAGCUGCUCAAGAUUUGUGGCUUCACGCCCGCCCUCCUCGACACCUCCGCCAAAGGCGUGCCUGAGCGUGUGAUGCAGCGCUGGGAAGCGCUUCCAGAAGCCAUGCUUCCCACACUCAUGCCGCUUCUCAACAGCAAGUAUGUCGUGCAGUGCACCGACCAGCGCCGCAGGCCCUCGCCCAUAUACCGCCACUCGAACAGCUUCCGCGACUGGAUCCAAGCGUGGGUCUUGCAGCUGAUUCUCGGCUUGCACGACCAGGGCGCCAUGGCUGUUUUUUCCAUCUUUCGCUCGGUCGUGCGCGACAAUGACGUAACCAUUGCGCACGAUCUGCUUCCACACCUCGUCCUGCACACGCUUAUUUCCGGCACGCUCGAGCAGCGGCGCGCGGUGCUCGACGAGAUCAACUGUGUCUUGACCGACCAAGUGCACCCAUCGGUGGGCUAUGCGCCCGAACGGCGCCGGCUCACCACACAGACCAUGUUUCAUGUGAUGGACCACGUCGGGCAUUGGAUGCGUCGUGUGCGGCUCAUGCAUUCGCGCAGCAGUCGGCGUGGCCACUGGAAAGAGGCGCUUGCCGACGUGCAGUCCGUCAUGGACAACAUCUCGCAGGAGCGCAUGGCCCAAGCGUCGCUGCAAUGCCACGCCUACACACGCAGUCUUUUGAAUUUUGAAUACAGGAUCCGCGAUCUUCGGCAGCUUCCGGAUACGACGCCGCAGCAGCAGCGCUACUUGGAGACUGUGCACGAGAUCUACGCCAACUUGGACGACCCCGAUGGCAUGGAAGGUAUCUCUACGUGCGUCUUUGCCCCAUCGCUGGAGCACCAAAUCCGCGAGCACGAAAGCACGGGGCGCUGGACCGAUGCGCAGAGCUGUUGGGAAGUCGAGCUGCAGCAGCGCCCCGACGACGCGCAUUUGCACUUGGGCCUUUUGCGCUGCCUCCGCAGUCUCGGCCACUACGAUACGCUCCGCACGCAUAUUCGCGGCCUCCUCAGUGUCCAUCCCGACUGGCAGCCGCAGUUUGCUUCUUUCCAAAUCGAAGGCGCAUGCAUUCUUGCCGAUUGGGAGGCGGUUCGCUCGCUUGUGCACCAGUCGCACCAGGUGCCAGAGCUCGCCAUGGCGCGCGCACUGCUCGCCAUGCGCGAAAACAGCCCUGCUGCUUUCUCGCUCGCAGUGCACGAUGCGCGGAUGCAGCUUGGGCAGCCACUGCUUGGCCCCGGCAGUGUUUCCUAUACGCACGGAUACGACGCCAUGACGCAGCUGCAAAUGCUGCACGAGCUCGAGAUGGUAUUCCAUGCAUCCCAGCACGAUGCCUCGCGCAUCGCGCUGGAAAAAUCCCUCGAAGCGCGCUUCUCUGCGACCCUCCCUUCCUUCCGCACGCGCGAACCUGUGCUAAGCCUACGGCGCUCUGCGCUGCAAGCCUGUGCGGCGAGCCGUGCACAGAUUGGCCAGGCGUGGGUACUCACCGCCAAGACGGCAAGGCGCGCAAAGCAUGCACAGACUGCGUACAGUGCCGUGCUGCAAGCUCUGCAAUGCGGCGCGCCGUACGCAUUUGUACAAAAAGCCAAGCUGCUCGCACAGAGCGACCAAGUGCAGGCCGCGCUGCAGGAACUUGGGCACUCGCUUGCUGCGCGCGACAAGCUCGUUGGCGAGGGCGGCACCGAUGCGAGCGCCGCAGACCGGCGCACGCUUGCCAAAGCGCACCUGCUCCGCGCACGGCUUGUGGAAGACACGGCGCGCUUCCAGCAAAACGACAUUAUCCAGCAGUACAAGACGUGCACCAGCUUGGACCCCGACUCGGAAAAAAUCUGGUACAACCUCGGCCACUUUUACGACUCGCCGAGCGGCGGCCCUGUGGGCAACCAGAUGCUCCUCCAGCUCAGCGUGUGCCGAUUUUACAUGAAAUCCGCACAGAACGGGACCAAAUACCUGUACCGCACGCUCCCACGCAUGCUCACCAUUUGGCUCGACGCGGGCAACGAGCUCGUGGAGCAGAGCGCGGAGCCUGCGCCGCGCACGGAAGAAGACGCGCGCCAGACGCAGCUGCAGUUCGACAAGAUCAACGACAUGAUGCGCAAAUCCGUGCGCCACUUGGCGCGCUACCAGUGGUUUGCCGUAUUUCCCCAGCUCGUCGCGCGCAUUGUGCACAAGAACGAGGCGGUUUGGCAGGUAUUGCUCGAGAUUAUUGUGGCCGUGCUCGUGUCCUAUCCCCAGCAGAGUAUGUGGGCGCUGAUUGCGGGCUCGCAUGCCAAGGACAAGCAACGGAAGCAGCGCUACGAGCGGAUUGUCGAGCGCGUUUCGGGCGUGCCCGAGCGUGCGUACAGGGACGUGCUUGGGAUUAUUCGCGCGUUUGAGCAGCUUUCCACGGAGCUGCUCAAUCUGUGUGAGUACCAUGUGGGAAAAGAGACGACGCUGAGCAUGCAGCGCCAAUUUGGCGCACUGUUGCCCACCGUGCAAAACACGCCGCUGAUUUUGCCGCUGCAGUCGUCGGUGAAUGUGACGCUGCCGCCGACCAAUACCGUGGAUCAGCACCACCAUCCUUUUCCCGCCGAUCCGCCCACCAUAGAAGGAUUCGACGAUACCAUCGAGAUCAUGCACUCGCUCCAAAAGCCACGUAAGAUUGUGGUGCAUGCGAGCAAUGGAAUGCGCUACCCUUUUCUGUGCAAGCCGCGCGACGAUCUGCGCAAAGAUGCACGGCUCAUUGAGUUUGACUCGAUGAUCAACAAGCUCUUGCAGAGCUCGUCGGAAUCGCGUAGGCGCCGGCUUUACAUCCGCACUUACGCUGUGCUCAUCCUCAACGAGGAGUGCGGCUUGAUCGAGUGGGUGCCGAAUACAGUGGCCUACCGCACCAUUCUUGCGAAGCACUAUGCAGUGCUGGAUACGCCGCUGUACACGGCGGAUCUAAAGGGCAUUAUGGACGAGGCGCGCAUGAACCCAAAGCACACGGCAAGCAUCUUUGAGGAGCGCAUCUUGACGCGCUAUCCGCCCGUGUUUCACGCUUGGUUCCUCGAAACGUUCCCCGAGCCAGGCGCAUGGUUCCGUGCGCGCUCCGCGUAUGCCCGCACCGCAGCGGUCAUGUCCAUCGUUGGAUUCGUCCUGGGCCUCGGCGACCGGCACGGGGACAAUAUUCUUUUUGACGCAGGCUCUGGCGACACCGUCCAUGUGGACCUAAACUGCCUGUUUGACAAAGGCUCCACGUUUGAGAUUCCCGAACGCGUGCCGUUUCGCCUCACGCAAAACAUGGUCGACGCACUCGGCGUCACGGGCGUCGAAGGCGCAUUUCGGCGCACGGCAGAAGUCACCAUGCACAUUCUGCGCGCAAAUAAAGAGUCGCUUAUGAGUGUGUUGCAGGCCAUGGUCCACGAUCCGCUUGGCGAAUGGCUCGUCACGGAGCGGCGCGCGCGGCACAAGCUCGGCGAGAAGCACAGUGCAUCGCUGGGCGCGCGCAAAGCACUUGCGUCCGUCUCGGACAAGCUCGACGGCAAGCUCCGGCGCCCAGGCAUUUCCGACGAAGUGCGGCACACAACCAAGAAUUUGGUGCACAUGCUGAUUUGCGACGCAACGAGCAACCAAAACCUGGGCCAAAUGUACAUUGGAUGGGCGCCGUACUUGUAG